CUCCGCAUCAACAUGAUGACUCCUCGGCCGUGAGGCCAGCCGCCUCCCCGGGUUUGCCGACCAGGAUUACGUGUCUGCAUGGUCAUCUCCACAUGGUCCGGGCGUCGGCAAUUCCGGCACCCCGUGGGGUAUCGAACCCUGCCUUAUCCCCUGUUGUUUCCCUGCUGCUUCCCUGCUAUAAUGCGAACUAUUCCUUGCUCAACGUUCUUGAUCUGUGCCAACCCCCCAUCAGCCCACACUUGCAUUGUCUUCUCUGCGGGUCUCGUCUGAUACAUCCACCACACAAUGACAGCCGACCAGAAGGCCGAAACGAACCACCUCGAGAAUGUCAAUUCGAACGAAGCCGAAGCCCAACACCAAGCAAUCACCCACAAUGACAGUGCGCCUUCCACAUGGACGGCACUACGCCAAAACCCGUUGAUUAUCUUGUUCUGUCUGUAUGCCAAUGUUGGCGCUUUAAUGUAUGGGUUCGACAACCUGAUUUUGUCGUUGUCGUUGUCUAUGCCGGCCUUUGAACAGAAGUUCGGCUCCUUGGUCAAUGGCACAUACACCAUCCCCGCCUACUGGCAAUCUCUGUGGAAUGCUCUCUCGCAGGUAGCCACCAUGAUCGGAUCCACCGUCGGCGGAUUCAUCUCCGACCGGCUGGGUCGACGUGUUGCAUUCCUGGUCGCUGCCUGUUUGUCGUCUGCGGGAUUCGCCGUGGUGUAUACCGCCAGCACGCCUGGUGUCUUUCUCGCGGGCAAGAUCAUCAACGGUCUGGCCCUGGGGAUCGCCUUGACAACUGGACAAACCUACGUCUCCGAGAUCACCCCCCUUCCCCUUCGUGGUAUCGCUCUGUCGGCAUAUACCUUCUGCAUGAAUCUGGGCUACAUGAUCGCCGCAUCCGUGGCCCUGCCCCGGCUGACCAUGACCACCGACGCAGCCUACAAGGUCCUCUUCGCCUGCGGCUGGGUCUGGCCAGGCCUCCUCUUCCUCUUUCUAAUCCUCAUCCCCGAAUCGCCCUACUUCCUCGUGGCGAACAACAAACCCUCGCACGCCGCCCGCGCCCUGACCCGCCUCGGCACCACUCCCGCCCUUAUCCCCGGGAUCCUUGACGAGAUCAUCCGCACCACGGAGGAGGAACGCCUCCGCGCCGCGCAGGCCGAGGGCGCCAGCUUUCUCGACUGCUUCCGCGGCACGCACUGGCGCCGCACACGCAUCAUCCUGUACUGCAACGCGCUGCCGCAGGUGAUCGGGUCGAGCUUCAUGACCAACGGGCCGUACUUCCUGGUGCAGGCGGGCAUGUCGGCGGGCAAGAUCGGGAUGAUGACGGAGAUCGGGAUCGCGUUUGGCAUUGCUAGCUCGUUGGUGACGGGGUGGGCGAUGACGGUAUUCGGGCGGCGGACGCUGGUGUUAUUCGGGAUGGGGCUGUCGACGGGGUUGUUUACGGUGAUGGGCGUGGCGGGGUGUUUUCCGCAUAGUAGUGCGGCGUUGUGGGUGGUGGGCAUCUUCCUGCAGCUGUCGUGGUGGGUGUACGGGCCCGGCAUCGGCCCCGCCAUGGCCAUCGCCGGCGAAGUCUCGGCCGUGCGCCUGCGCGCCAAGUCGCUGGCUGUCGGCUUCACCUUCAACUAUUUCUUUUCGACGGUGUGGAACGUCGUCAUGCCGUAUCUGUAUAAUUCUGAUGAGGCGGAUCUGGGGGGGUUGAUUGGGUGGAUCUUUGCGGGGAUGGGGGCGGUCAUGUUUGUGGUGCUGUUUUUUGAAUUGCCCGAGACCAAGGGACGGUCGUUUGAGGACUUGGAUGAGUUGUUUGGGGAGAAAGUUGCGGCCAGGAAGUUUGCGGGGUUUCAGUGCGAGAGGGCGGUGGGGUUGGCGGUGCGAAAGGGGGUGGAUGAGUAG